UGUACGACAAUACGUUUGAUAACAGUUCGGUUCGUCGUCAAUUUGUAAACAAUCUGCACUUCUCGCUUGCUAGGAGUGUUGCUGGUUUCAAUAACUAACCCAAGAAUCUUUCAGCAUUUCUAUUGCAAUAUCGAUGUGUAACUAAGAUUUUCAUGAAAUUUUUCAAUGGCUCAUGGCAGCAAACCGUGAUCCCGAAAGACAGGAAGGAUACUUGCAUGUACUGGCUAGCUAGGAGGGGCCGGCUUCGAAACACGCCUAACAACAACUUGUCUGUGCCAAAGGUACGUGGGACGAGCCCGGUAUAAACAAUGGCUGACAAUUUGAACAACAUACCAAAUUGUUUCCCCAACAAUGAGGACUCUUCAUCCGAUUCCGAUCAUGACGCCAAAUCGGACGAAUCGGACAUGGAAAACAAUAUCGAGGAAGUGAUGCAAGCAUCAAUAAUGGAGGAGCUUGACGAAGAUAGUCAAGAGCAAGCGACCGGUCGCUGCGUGAACGCUCUGGAGGCAAGAUCAAGCUGGAAGCCUUGGGCGGGAAAGCAAAAACCGUUUCCAUUCUUCCGCAAGAAGAGAUUGCGCGUGGAUCUACCUGCCAAAAGUACGCCGUACGAAAUAUUCUCCCUCAUACUCGACGAUAAGCUCGUGGCCCAUAUCGCGCUCGCCAUGAACCUAUAUAUGGAGAAAAAGAAUGCACAAAAAUCAAAAGCGAGCAAAUGGCUUGAAACCAACCCCAAGGAGGUGCGCAAAUUUAUCGGACUCAUGAUAUGGAUGGAUUUGGUGCGUGUUGGCCGGCUGGAGGAUUAUUGGUCCGAAAGUGCCCUCUACAACUUUGCCGUUCCACGAGCGGCAAUGUAUCGCGAACGCUUUCGGGCGUUGCUCGGUGCGUUUUGCUUCUACGACGAUGGAACGAGCAAAACCGACUACAAGGAGCCGGGCAAGAUAGGAGCCUUUAUCGAUGUGCUGCAGAGCAAAUUCCAAGCGCUUCUCCACCUCGGAGAAGAUGUAGUCGUGCGGGAAAUGCUCGCCCUAGGGAGAGAUCGUACCAGCUUCAAGCAGUACAUCCCGGCCAGCGCUCACCGCCACGGACGGUGGGCACUGUUCAAGCUGUGCUCCCUGGAAGGGUAUACCUGGGGACUGAAGCUAUGCACCGAGCAGCGCCUAAUAGGUGAAGCUCAGCUGGCCAACAGUGUGUGCAUGGAGCUGUGCGAACCACUGCUUAACCAGGGUCGCACCGUUUACAUCGACAACUUCCAUGCCAGCUUCGAUCUGGCGCAAGCGUUGCUAGCCAACCAGACGCACCUCGUUGGCACGGUUCGAGUCAAUGGAAGCAGUAUGCCCAAGGACGUGCUACUAGCAAAGCUUCGAAAGGGGGAAAUAAUAGCGCGUGAAAACGACGACGGAGUAAUGGUGCUGAAAUGGAAAGGAACGUGCACGAUGGGCCUGCUGAGCACCAAGCAUUCGCCCGCGCUGGUUCCAAUGGAAAGUCAGGUACGAUCGAAUCGUCGCUGGAUCAGGGUAGCACGCAUCCAGCCGGAGGCAGUGAUCGCACACAUCCAAGCCAAAGGUAGGCCAGAUCGUUCGGACGCGAUCGGCCCGCACAUCACCGACCUCCGGAAAGGGAUGAAGUGGUACAAACAGGUGGGUCUCGUGCUGCUGCUCCAAGUGUGCGUCACGAACGCGUGGAUUCUGCACCGCAUGGUGACGAAAAAGAAGCUUAAGCUGGCGACAUUCCGCGAGCAACUGGUGGACCAGCUGGUGCCAUUGCCCAACCCCACCGUCGAGCGAGGUUUGAGCGGCGGGGAGAAAAAGUACACCCACCAUCUAGAGGUACGGACUGAUGGGAAUGGUAGAACGGUGCGACGAUCAUGUGCCAACUGCUAUGCUGAGUCUCGGAAAACCAUGAGCCACUAUGAGGCAGGAAGGAACAAAAAGGCAACCACUACGUUUUGUGGGAGCUGUCCGAAGCAGCCUCAACUUUGCAUGCCGUGCUUUAACAAGUUGCAUUAAGAUUGGGCAAACAAAGAUAGGUAUAUGAAGAGAAUUCGAUGGAAGGGAAAUUUAGGGCAAAAUAAAGAAUUAACAACACGCUGAA